UUAUGUAUAACUUUUAUUAUGUAUAUUGAUGGUUAAUUGUUGAUGAAUGAUCCAUGUGGAUCAAUAUAUAUAGUUUUGAAUAAGUCUAGCCUAUGUCUAUAUGUGUUCACUAUAACCUUGCCUCUAUUUAUGCAUAAAUGUGGGAAUCAAUUCUGUAGGGAUAAUUGUAUCUGCCUUAAUUGGAUGAUAUUGAUGAAUUUGUAUAUAAGUGAUCCACGCGGAUCAAGGUUUGAUUAUCCUAUGUUCUUCUAUCUUCCAUGGUUUCCUAUUAUAGUGUGCUCCUAACUUAAAUUUGAUCCACCCAAAUGUGAUAACCCGACGAACCAACUAAUUGCCUUUUACCCUAAUUGAGCUUUUGCAAUUAGGGGUGUGCAAAUAUCGAAUCGACCAAUGAAUCGAAUCGAAAAAGUGUUAUGGUUUUAUUAAAAGAAAAAUUUAUUUCUUGGUCGAGAAAAUUGAUCUUAGACAACUCAGAAAUUACUGAAUGUGAUCUAUCGCUUGAAAUAUUAGCCCCAUAUAUUCAAAAUUUGAAAAUUCUGGGGUCGUGCCGUGAAAUAUACUUGAGAAAUGUAGCUUCUCUUGUCACUGCAGUCCUUAAUUUUGAUUUUGAUUGUUAUAUUGAAGACGAAGAACCAUUGCCGAGUAAGGAGUCUACCUGUUUGAAGGAAUAAAUGGUUUGUAAAAUUUUAUUGAUUAUGUGAAUGGUUUUUAUAAGUCCGUUUUUGGAUCUCCAAACCAAUCUUUGAACAUUGUUUAACAAUUUAAGUAUGCAACAUUUCCUUGUUUUGACAUGUUCUGGUUUUUCUAUUUGGUUUAUAAGUAUCUGUCCAUACUGGAAUUGGAAGGGUGGCAGCCUCCACUAUCAACCUGGAAAUUCUUACAACUUAGCUCAGAGUUGGACCAAUUGACUUUCCCUGGAAUUAGCAGUUUUCUGCAGAAUUCAUCGGAUCUUGAGACUUUGGUCAUUGACGGGUACAAAUACCAAUCAAGUGACGUGCUGUUAAAGUACACAAAUAAGGAUGAACAGACGAGGAGGUUUGAGACACAUUAUUCAUUUCCUCAUCUGAAGACCAUCAAGAUCCUUAACUUUUCUAGAUCUGUGAUGCCAUUGGUGAAAUACUUGCUCAAGCAUGCAACAGUGCUAGAAAAGUUCAUCAUUGCUGCCAGACGCAAAGAGAGUGACGUGUUUACAGAUUAUGUCGAAAUAGAACAGGAGCUCCUGACCUUUCCAAAAUCCUCUCCGCAAGCUUCCGUUUCAUUUUCUUAUUGAUAACCUUGGACCCCUAUUGUUUGUAUUAAUCGCAACAUACUUAACCAUCUAUUACUUUAUGUUUGAAACUGAUUUGAGACGAUAGACGAGGCUUGUAUUGCACUUGUCCGUGUGUUCAUUCUCUAAUGAUCAUUCUAAAUGUUUUCUGAUUUCAGUUCAUAGUACUGUAUCUUGAUCAUA